CGCUCCAGAACAUCACUGUUUACACCAUCAGAAUUUUCUCAAGUGUUUUUAUAUUUUUCUACACGUUCGUAGUGUUUUUAGUCAAUCAUAAUGACAGAUUGACAUAAAGAUUCAAGUCUUAAUUAAAAACGUCACCAUUUCGAAGUAUAGUUAUUUUAAUAAUUUUUUUCACAAAUUAAUAUUAAUUACUACCAAAGUUAUGAUAUGUUCUACACAUAACCUAGAGAGUAAACAAAUUUUUCUACUCGAUAUGUCAUAGUAAAAAAAUAAAAUGCAAAUUAUUAUUGGUAGAGAAUUAACUCAAUCUAAUUAAUGAGAAAAACAAGAAUUUCAUCAAAUGAAAAAAGUUUAGUGAAUAAUUUAUAAAAUAUAAAGGUCUAAGUUAUGGCUCCUGUGCCAUUAGAAGGACAUCAAACUCCUAUGGCAAAUAACAUGCCACAGGAAGGCAAUCGUGGAGGCACCAUAUCGCUUGGAAUGCUGAUUGAUUUUAUAAUCCAAAGAACUUACCAUGAAUUGACAGUUCUUGCGGAGCUGCUGCCGAGGAAAACAGACAUGGAGCGGAAAAUUGAAAUUUAUAAUUACUCCGCAAGGACUAGACAAUUAUUUGUUAGAUUAUUAGCUUUAGUCAAGUGGGCAAACAGUGCCUCGAAAGUUGAUAAAUCUGCGCAUAUAAUGGCUUUCCUCGACAAACAGUCUCUGCUAUUCGUGGAUACUGCCGAUAUGUUAGCAAGAAUGGCAAGAGAAACUCUAGUACACGCAAGACUCCCGAAUUUUCAUAUCCCCGCAGCCGUGGAAGUUCUUACAACAGGAACUUACAGUCGUCUUCCUACAUGCAUUAAAGAAAAAAUUGUCCCUCCUGAUCCGAUAACUUCUGUAGAAAAAAGGAUAACAUUACAACGAUUGAAUCAAGUUAUCCAACAUCGAUUAGUGACAGGAAAUUUACUCCCGCAAAUGCGCAAUCUGAGAAUAGAAACAGGAAGAGUAACUUUUCAUGUGCAGCAAGAAUUCGCCGUUUCCCUAACGGUUAUGGGCGACGGACCGAACGUGCCAUGGCGCCUUUUAGAUCUUGAAAUUCUAGUAUCAGACCGCGAGACCGGGGAUGGGAAAGCUUUAGUCCAUCCUUUGCAGGCUCGAUAUGUUCAUCAACUUGUGCAAUCGCGACUUGCCGAGAGUUCAAACUCCCUUUCUGAAGUUUACUAUAUUUUACAUUACUUUUGUCAGUCUCUUCAACUUGAAGUUCUUUACUCCCAAACACUUCGAUUGAUCCGGGAUCGAUUAGAUGACCACAUCCACGUAGAUGAAUAUGUACCUGGUAAAUGUUUAUCAAUAUCUUACUGGCGAGAACUAACAAUAAAAGACCCCAAGUCUGAACUGGGGUAUAAACUAACUGUCCACGUGGAUCAAAAUGAUCCAGCUAAGCCUCUAGCAGUAAUUCACGUGCCUUCUUUAGGUAACAAAGAGAACGAAAUUGCUGACCGAGCUAUUAGAACUGACCAGUUAUCAAUAGAAUGUUUGCUUGUUCAUACUAUUUACAUCAGAACAAAAACCAGACUUACAGAACUGAAGCAAGAGAUUCAAAGUAUACUCAAAGAUGUUGAUUGCACCUUAGCAGGCUCUCCCGCGAUUUUAUCAGUGCCAAUUCUCCAGCCUUGUUUGCGUGCUGAGCUCCUGCUUAUAACUGUCGAUACACACACAGGAAUGCUACAGUGUCAUGUGCCUCAGUAUGAUGUCCCACUUGUUCCCGACUUGACAGCUGCUUUCAAUGGCGAUCACUCUCGUCUCCCGAUGUUGAUAUCAGAGCUGAGGUUCUGGAUCACUCAGCGACGAUGUGAGAAGACUUUACAACACUUGCCUUCAACAUCCCACGAAAGAUUGCCAGUUCUUCAUCAUCCCGAUCAUCCGAUGUCGAAAAUUAGCAGGCACCGAAUGUUUGUCCGGCUUCACCGACAUCCGAAUGUAAUACUGAUCAUUGCAUUCAAAGAAAAAGAAUCAUCUUCAUGUGAAAUCGAAUUUUUAUUCUAUUUAGCUGUUGUGAAACCCAGUUCUAUUGAAGAUGACCCUCAUGAUGAAAGCAUCGAAACAGAAAUACCGAAAAUGUACUUGAAAGUUCAGAGUCUGAUUGAAUUUGACACAUUCGUUAUCACUCAUGGACCAUUUACGAGCGUCGAUAGUGACGUACCCGAGAAAGGAAACAAACGACGAAGUUCUGGACCCUCUGGCCGGACUGACAUAUCGUGCACGUCACAAAACAGGCGGCCAAAACAUCCCGCUUAUUUUAUUCCAGAAUUAGCUCACGUGGUUGCGCUCUGUGAUGAAAGAAUUCCGUUUGUUACUUUGGCCCAAGAGCUCACGAAACGGGACAUUGCGCACCAAGGACUUCAAGUAGAUGCCAAUGCAACAGCUUUAGUACUAAAGUUAGUCCAGUUACCAGCUCCGUCGCCGAACAUAACUACCAGUAGUUUUUGGCAGCCGUUAUUGAAACGAUUGCUCAGCGUUUCAAUUCGGGUUCAAGGCAAAGGAAUGGCAAAAACUUGGAUGGCAGAAUUCGUAUUUUACAGCAGCCCUUUAACGACCAGUCAUCCGAAAGAACAAGGAUUAAGAAGACCAGUUUACUUCCAAUAUGAAAUGGGAACCGCUGAAACAAUAUCGAAAACCGUCGACUCGUUAUUAAAUGACUGGGCACAAAUUGUGUAUCUGUACUCCAUUGUCCAGGAUUUCACUGAGUAUUUGAAGAUUGAAAAAUAUAAUUUGAGAAAUAUGAUCAGCGUCAAGUCUUACAGUUAUAGCAAACUAAUCAUAGCUUAUGGUCCUAACCGAGGCACCACAGUGACCAUAUACUGGAGCACAAGUGACAAAGCCUUCAAACUUAUUUUUGGUAAAAGUCCAAUGAAUACGACGAUCAAUGCGCACUCGUUGAUGAAAGAACAACUCGAAGCCCACCUUAAUCGCCACAAGAGUUUAGCGCAGAUCAUACAGAUAUUAAAUGAAACCUUGCAGCCCCUGAUAUCUAUUAGCAAAUUGCCCAUUUUGCCCCAACUAGGUGUACAUAAUUCCAGACCUCAGGUUCCCAUUCAGACUUUCACGAUCAUGCCACAAUGUGUGACACUAGUGAGAAUAGCCUACCAAGGAAUGUAUUGUUUGGAACUCAGGUUGCGCGGUGGCGGACUCGUUAGCAUACGGGAUGGCGCAUACAGUCGGUUUGACAGAAGUAAUGUCGUAGAUGAAUUUACGCCUACCCAAGGUCUGAAAACAUUUCUUUCUAAGUAUGUAGACGAAAGCGCAGUGUUCAGACGUCGUUCCCAGUCUGAAGAUGACAACCCACCGUCUCCAGUUUCUAUGGACACGGAUGGAACCGGAGGAGUUGGUUUUAUGAGUCAUCACCGGAGUGGUCCUCAGUCACCUGCGCAACAACGAGAUGGUCUAAGAUUCCACCCGCCUUUGACACCACCCUCUGGUAGCAACCCACAUACUCCAGCUAGUCCUCAUACUGUCAACAUUUCUCAAGCGAAUCAACAUCAAAGUUUUGGCAGCAGCCCUGCUACAUCUUUCAACUUGGCUUCGCCACCUUCGUUACCACCCAACACUCCCAAUAUGUUGCCUCAUCCAUCGCCUAGUUCUGGACUUGUCGCCAACAGUCCUUUGAACCCCAUGCAUGUUCCUAGUCCAGCUGGAUUGAUGCCUACGUCAUCACCUGGACCUUGCAGCAACGUUCAAGUUGGCCACUCACCUGCCAGCUCUUUCAUGCAAGCUGGUCACAUUGAUGGUAGUCCUUUUCCUUCUUCUCAAAGUAUGGCUUCUCCUGCAGCAUCAAACUGGCCUGGAUCUCCAAGCGUACCAAGACCAUCACCCGCACGACCUGGGCAAAGUCCAGGCCAUGUUGCUCUACACAGCCCUCAAGCAUCCGACCACAAAACAGGAACUCAUAUAUCCAGAGUUUUACCUCAAAGAUCUUGGGCUGGGGCAGUUCCGACUCUUCUGACCCACGAAGCCUUAGAUUUGCUAUGUACGCCUUCGCCUCAUCCAGCAGGACUUCCUGGACCUGAUCUGUCGCCGUUAGAAAGAUUCUUAGGAUGCGUCUAUAUGCGGAGACAACUACAAAGAUUCAUUCAAUCAGAAGAUUGUCUUACUGCUAUAAAUAGCACGGAGCCAGGUGUCGUACACUUCAAAGUAGAAACUCUACAGUGUCGUGUCGGUUUAAAUCCUCAGCAUCUUCAGUCACUUCACAUUAAAAUUCAGCCGUUACUGGAGCAUAAAGACCAGUGGACUGCGGAAGAGCUGCAAAUUAUCGAAAAAUUCUUUGACAUUCGAGCUGCAGCUCCUCCUUACAAGCCCAAUACGCUCUCAGGUUUUGGUAAAAUGCUCAAUGUCCCUUUCAAUGUUCUCAAGGACUUUGUACAAAUAAUGAAGCUGGAGUUGAAUUCCAAUGUAGUACAGCAACACCAGUUUAAGUGGUCUGUCCAGUGGUGCUUAAGGAUACCGCCUUCCGCGACACCAAUUGUUCCAACAGGAAUGGCUGCAGUUCUUGUCUGUCGGAAUAAAAUCCUCUUCUUCUUGCAAAUAGUAAGAAUUGGAAUGCCUUAUCAAGGAGACCCACCAUCGUUGGUCUUGCCGCUAGUGUACGAUAUCUCAACAAACAUAACACAACUUGCUGAGAAACGAGACCCUGGUCCGGCAUCGGCCACGGCCGCUGCAUCGAUGCAGCUUAAAAGAUUUGCCGAGUAUGCUAAUCCGUCAGAGUGUUCGCUCUUUCCAGCGAUUAGAGAUCUUUUGACAAAUCUUACGCUACCUUCUGAGCCACCAGUUAUACCACAGGGGGUAACAUCUGCAGCGAGUCAAGUAGCACCCGCACAACAAAUUCAAAGCCCAGCGCUACAAAUGCACUCGCCGAUGGCUGCUGGUCAGGGUCAACCUCCAGGGCCUUACGGAAUGCAGGGUAUGUCUACGCUGGGUAUGAUGGGCGGACCUCCACAAUAAAAAUCCAUAUGUUUGUUGCUCUACGAAAUCCUUCGUUAUUUUGACAGGAGAAUAAAACAAUUUAAAAGUUCAAAUUUAUUUCCAACUGUCAGAAGGAGGAAGCAAAAAAUAUAUGGGUGAAAUUAUUAAAUUUAAUUAAAAAAUAAUAAUUAAUAAAAAGUUAAUUGAAUAAUAGAUUAAUUGAUACCAUCUUAUGACACAAUCAUGAUAAUUGUCAAUUAAGAGACUUAAAUAAUUUAUUGUAAGUUAUGUUAUAAAUUAUCGUAAUUAGUUAUUAUAUUAUAAAUAAUGCAAUACUUUUGUUUUUAUUAUAUGUGAAGCAAAGUAAUAUAACUUGAUACAAAAAAAAUCUGAAAAUUAACCUGCGAUCUCUUUCUUUAGAACUUUUAUUUUUAUCCUUGGAUAAUUUUUUUUAAAUUCCCGCUAAGAAAGUUGAAAAUUUUCAAAAAUUCGGAGUUAUUGUUUUCACCCUGAUGUUCCGCGAGAUUAGUCACCCCAGGUUAAAAAAAAGUGGAAUUAGACAUUUUAUACCUUUUAAAUAAAUUGGUCAAAAAACUUUCAAAAAAAGGGAGUCCCCAUGUGGCCUGGGUAAGGUGUGUCCUUAAAGGUUAAACAAACACGGUUAAAUUUCAAAU